UGGUUGCCCCGGGAGACGGUGCGGCCAUGGCGGAGCGCGGGGCCCAUUUGACGGGCGGCCUCUCUGCGACUCCGGGCCGACCGUCCGUCUUCGAGGUGGUUGCCCAGGACACGCUGAUGUCGGCAGUGAGGCCGGCCGCGCACCACGCCAGCAAGGUGCUUGCAGAGUCCAACCCCAGUCGCUAUGGGUUUCUAUGGCGAUGGUUCGAUGAAAUCUACGUGCUGCUGGACGUUCUGCUUCAGCAUCAUUAUCUGUCCAGGACCAGUGCUUCCUUCUCUGAGAACUUUUAUAGUCUGAAAAGAAUUCCGUUGGGUAGUGGUCAUGGACUAUGGAGGUUAGCCAGCCGUGGGCUCCCAAGGACCCAGCACUGGCGAUCCCUCCUAGUGCUAAUAGCUGUUCCAUACGUAAAAGUCAAAUUGGACAAACUGUUUGCUCGCCUGCAAGAGGAGGAUGACUAUGCCAUACACCUCCCAGCGUCCUCUUGGAAGCGUCUUUACAAGGCCUUCCUUGCAGCCUAUCCUUUUGUGAACAUGAGUUGGGAAGCUUUGUUCCUUAUCUACCGGCUUUUGUAUGUCUUUGAGAAAACGCAGUUCCACUCACCACUGCUGCGAGUGGCAGGGGUCCGUUUGGGGAACCUGACCCCUGCAGAUAUUCAGGACCUCGAGAAAAGAUCCUCUUCCAUCAGCAACCGCUCAGCCAGUGAAAGUGUGGUUGGAAAGCUGACUUCCUUUCUUGCUAAAGCGAUGGGAGGCGUGACUGUGUCCCUGUCGACUGGUAUAUCUGUGGGUGUCUUUUUCCUGCAGUUUCUCGAAUGGUGGUAUUCAUCAGAAAACCAGGAGACGAUUAAAUCCCUCUCCUCCCUCCCAACGCCUCCCCCACCAGUGCACUUUGACAAGCUAACUAAUGAGUCUUUACCUAGACUGAAGACUGUGUGUCCUUUGUGCAACAAGAUUCGGACAAACGACACAGCCUUGGCAACCUCUGGAUAUGUUUUUUGUUACCGAUGUGCUUACAGCUACGUAAAACACCAUCAGCGAUGUCCUGUGACAGGCUACCCUUCUGAACUGCAGCAUCUAGUUAAACUUUAUUCUCCAGAAGCAUGAAGGCAAAAGGUUUUGAUCCAUGUGCACAUACCAUUAUUGAUCAUGGAAUAUUUUAUACACAGAAGUCUGACUUAAUGACUUGUGAAGUGCUGUUUACUAUUGACAAGUUUCAACUGCAGCAUUUUUAUUGUCCAAUUUUCUGCCUCCCUCCUAAAUGUGCUGACUUGCAUAAUUCCUCAUUAAAGUGGCUGUGGAUGUAGACAGGAGACUUGUCCUAUGGAGCAUUGGUACUGAUGUUCACACAGGUCCACCCUUUCCAGUCCUGGCAGGAAUGACAUUCAGGAGAUCUGACUAAGAGGUCUAAGACCUGUUUUAGCAAUGCUGCCUUCUUGAUUGAGAUCAGCUAAAGGAACUCCUUCCUGUUGUGAGUUUGAAUUUUAAUACAUUGACCUCUGAAACAUCAAGAGAACUGUACAUAAAUAAUUGCAUUCAUUGGUCAUUGUGAUGGGGCCAAGAGACAAUGGAGAUUGCGUAUGUCGGUGUUUUCAGCGUGAUCUCCCAUGAUAAUUCUGAAUCUUUUAAUGGAAUCUUGUCAUUCUCAAAUUUUAUUAAUAAAUCAUAAGUUCAGAGGGUUUACCAGUUCAUUAAUAGAUGCAGUAUGUAGUCUCUGAUUCAUGGUUUAAAAAUUUACAUUGUAGGAAAUUCUCUAAAGAUUCAAACAAAAACCCCGUUUGGUUGAGAUUAAAUUCGAAAAUUAGAGCAAAAGUCUCAAACAUUGGCCCCUGUAAUCUAAAUGGUUCUUGAAAUUAAUAUUUUAAUGGUU